ACAUCGUUUCCAUUGGUCUGAGGUGUACACGCAUUUGCUGUAGCUCGUAUUCGUAUACAGGCAAGAUUUGUUCGUGCGCUUAACUUUCAUUUUAAGAAAUCGUAAGACAUUUCGAAAAGCGUGUGAAAGAAAAAUUCGCCAGUCAUGUUCUCCUCGGACAGUGAACGUAGAAAAGUUGGCUAUUGUUGAUGUAUGCGAAGCUGGUUGGUGAAGGACAUAAAAAUGCUGCCGGUACGGUGUUUAUGGUUAUUCCAUCGGGGACUAUGGCUGUCAGAUUGAAUCGUUAAACGAACGACUGAAAUGAGUUCGACGGAAGACAACUUCGAGGGCCGAUUCCUCCACCUCUUUCGCAGCCAACGAGACCUCCCUCCGCCAGUAGUCAGAGAGAGAGAUUUGUUCGUCUACCCCUCCUGCGACGCUAAAUGCAGCAACAAAAGGAGAGCACCAGCUCCCCCAGAUCAACCAGGGACGACUGAAGUGAAUUCUUAUUUAAUCAGUAUCAAUAAUCUGGGUCCCGUUUUGAAGAAGUAUGCAACGCUCCCUCGCAAAUCGACUGGCGCCGCUGCCAGGGUUAUUUUAACAGCAGAAAAGUCCAAACUGAAAACUUCCUCCAGCACCUCGGUAUUGCGCUCCAUGUUGAAGUCAAACGUUUCAUUUUCGACAAAAAUGGACCAAGGAAUGUUUAAAACUGGACCGGGAAGAAAGAAUAAGCCCUCUAUGGGACAGUACUAUGGCAAUGAUGUGUCUAUAAAUCAUGAAGCAGACAAUCACCUUCUUUGCUCGCGAGGUAAUGAACAUUCAGGAAACAUUUCACAUGUUAGUGAUUUUAGUAAAACCCAAAAUGAAAAUAUUAAAGGUACAGGAGAUGACGAUUGUGGUAACGCUGAAGGAGUGGAUGAUUUGAAUCUUAAUAACAAAGUUGUGCCAUCUUCACUGGACACCAAGAGUGACCGUACAGUUGAAUCGUCGGUUCAGGCAGAUAAUCAGACGUUUAAAAACUCAGUCCAUGCAAACCAUGGUUUCCCAGAGACGAGAUAUACUCCUCCCAACAUUAGAAAUCCUACUUCACUACUAACCACCCCUCCCAUUAAGAGCAUAACUUACUCCCACAAGGAAAGCAGUCCUCCUCGUGAACUUUGUCCUAAGAGUGUUAGCCCUUCUCGAAAGCCUAGUCCUACACGUGGGCUAGGGAGCCGUGUAAACAUGAAAGAUGGUGCCAUUCAAGCAGCUAUGGUAACUGUUUCACAGGAGGCACAUUCUAAUGAGUAUCACACUGUCAACAGCUUGACGAGAGGUUGUGAUAAGAUUCCAGAUCAAAAAUGCUCUUUGAAAACGAAUGGUUAUUCAUGUGAUAAUGUUACAGAGAAAACUGAGUCCAUGCGCCAGUCACCGUUAUCAAGCCCCGAGACACAACAGGGAAUUUUAGCAGAAAAUAGUAGUCACCUUAGACAUCUUAUACCAGCUUCCAUACAGAGACCAAAGAAUACGCUUGAGAAACCAGAUGAUGGCGUAAGAGAAAUGAAUUGCAGUGGGAAGGAAUUCCCUCCAUAUUAUGUGAAACAGAGUCCCAUUUAUGAGGAAGUAGAUGUUCAACGUCCAGGUAAUUCAAAGCUCCCCAGUUACCACCCAUCAUCUAAUGUGCAAUCUAUUUGUCAUGAUGACAACAUGGACAUACCUCCAGCACCUGCCAACAGUCCUGUCAUUUUGAAUAAAGCGUGCCAUCGAAAGAAGAGGAGCCCACCUCCAAAGCCACCUUCGGUUUCGAAUACAGAAACCGCCCGUAAGAAGAAAACGCCACCUCCAAAGCCACCUCGUAAAAGGAGGAGUUUAGCUCCUGAAACAGGGACCGAGAAUGCAUCGGAUCAUAGGAGUUUGGAAGCUCAUCCAAAGACUUCAAUUCAUGACGGGAAUGAUAUACAACUUGGAGGGGGUGAUGCGCACUUCGAAACAGGAAGGCUUAUAGCUCAAGAUGCAACUCUGAAAUUAGAACAGUACUAUUUCGGGGGAAGUUUAGAGAGGCGUUCACCAAAGAAGCCUCACGUGACUACUUUCACCUCUAGUCAGCUUGAAACUACCCCCAGUGUACCUUCCGUGGUCAUAGGACCUCAUGGAAGCCCUCCCCAUAAAACGAAGAAACCGAAGAAGUCGAAGAGUAGUAAGGCCCAUGCAUUAUCCAAGUCUUUUAGGUAUUUACUUGUAACAAAGUUUGGCAGUUUCAAGCUAACAGGAACUACGUAUUUUUCAAAAUGCAACGAAGACGCUCAUCCCAGGCACAGCCGGUGCAGUAAAAGAGCGUCCUUCUUGUCACUCAGAGAGAAAAUGCGUCCACGGUCUCCGACGCCAAAGAGAGUCAACAGUAUUCGUAUCCCUCGUGUUGUCAUUGACUGCGAGCAGUCUGGGUGGGAAGAUGACGUCCAUUCAGCUCGUGUGUGCGUGAAUUCGGUCAAUGGAAAAACGGGCACAUGCCAUUCCUCGGCAACAUUAUGCGUUAACCCAAAUGCCAAGGUGGAAGCAGAUUACUGUUCCAUGGAGGAGGAGUGCCAUCAACACUCUUGCUCGCUCUCUACUUCUCUCAGCUUCCAGGGAAAUUAUAACAAGGGUCAAGGGGAGUAUGAUGGUUUACUCUCCAAGUCAAAUCAAAAUCCAUGUUCUGGAAUUUGUUCACAGUCCCCGGAGAAGAAAACACGGCUUUGCUAGAGGUGUGGGCAUCCUCCUUUUGUAUGGCAAUUUUCUUCCAGGUUUUGUUGAUCAAAUAAAAUUAAUGUACUUCUCUAUACCUGACAGAAUACUUCAGGAGAAGUUUUUUAAUAGGUAGAAAUAUUCAUUGUAGAAAAACUGUUUCCAAUGACACUAGGAAAGAAGUUAUGUUCAGUGUAUAGACAUUACAACAACUGUGGUUAUCAAAGUUUAGAGAAACUUGGUUGAAGUGUUCUAAAGUGUUAUAAUAAUAAGAAUAAUAAUAAAGAAAUAAUUCGGAA